GGAACAUGGCGCUGCGGGGCUGGCGGUCGGUGGCCGCGCUCGGUCUGUGGGGCCCCAGGGGCACCGGGGUGGGGGCACACGGCCUUCCCAAGGUCCCUGCCGGGCUCGCGGGGUCCGGCCUCUGGCGCAGAUAAUGCUGUGCGGGCUAGCCUUGUUCGCACCUCACUUUUGGAGUAAAUCCUUAGUAUUUAUUGAGGCUGCCGAAUUUAAAGUGCUCACAAACAUCUGCUUACAUAGAGGCAUGGACUCCAAGUACCUGCACAAUACCUUACACUCAGCCGUGAGUUAUAGGUGGAAGAAGGUCCAUAUCUUUUUCUGUGGGUGCUUCAAGCAUCUUUGGAAGUGGAGGCAACAGUGAGAAGGGGAGGUUUUCCCUCCUGGACAUAGCUGAGCUGAUUCGGGCCGGAGCCUGCCAGAGAGUGGUUGUCAUGGUGGGCGCUGGCAUCAGCACACCCAGCGGCAUCCCAGACUUCAGAUCUCCAGGGAGUGGCCUCUACAGCAACCUCCAGCAGUACAAUAUCCCGUACCCUGAAGCCAUUUUUGAGCUCACAUUUUUCUUUCACAACCCCAAGCCCUUUUUCACUUUGGCCAAGGAGCUGUAUCCUGGAAACUUCAGGCCCAAUGUCACUCACUACUUCCUCCGACUGCUGCACGACAAGGGGCUGCUUCUGCGUCUCUACACACAGAAUAUCGACGGGCUCGAGAGAGUGUCUGGCAUCCCUGCCUCAAAGCUGGUUGAAGCUCAUGGAACCUUUGCCUCUGCCACCUGCACAGUCUGUCAAAGCCCCUUCCCAGGGGACAACUUCUGGGCCGACGUGCUGGCCGACAGGGUUCCCCGCUGCCCAGCCUGCACCGGAGUUGUGAAGCCUGACAUUGUGUUCUUUGGGGAACCGCUGCCGCAGAGGUUCUUGCUACAUGUGGUUGAUUUCCCCAUGGCAGAUCUGCUGCUCAUCCUUGGGACCUCCCUGGAGGUGUGUCAGCUGGCCUGUGGGGGAGGAGGCUGGAGGACAGGGAGAGGAGGUGGAGCCUUUUGCCAGCUUGUCAGAGGCUGUGCGGAGCUCAGUGCCCCGAGUGCUCAUCAACCGGGAUUUGGUGGGACCCUUGGCUUGGCGUCCUCGCAGCAGGGAUGUGGCCCAGCUAGGGGAUGUGGUUCACAGCGUGGAAAGGCUGGUGGAGCUUCUAGGCUGGACGGAAGAGAUGCAAGACCUUGUCGAGCAGGAAACCAGGAAGCUCAAUGGACGAGACAAAUAGGAGGGUGAUAACUGCCCCAUGUGCAAGAAAUAGUGACACAGGAGAUGUCCACACCUCAUGUCUGAUGUGACCUCAUGCUUAAAGACAGCUUGGGCAGAUUUACAAGUAUUGGCUACUGAAGCAGGACAUGCACUCUCAGGAAUGGGUAUGAGGCCACUAUGCUGUGAGGGGGGUAUGCACACUUGAUGCCACCUGACACGCAGGAACUGUUUGCUGUGUCCCAACUCUUCAUUCUGCUCUUGAUGCAGGAUGUUUUCUUCCGACAGUGAUCCCUCUUGGACUAAAACAAACUGAGUGGACUCUG